AAGUUAGGAAUGACAUCAUAAACAGUGGAAGAGAAAGAAAGAAAACUCGAGAUUCAAUCGUUAAAAUGUCUUACGCAUAUCUUUUUAAGUACAUUAUUAUAGGAGAUACAGGAGUUGGAAAAUCAUGUCUUUUACUGCAGUUUACAGACAAACGUUUCCAACCUGUCCACGACCUCACGAUAGGUGUUGAAUUUGGAGCUAGAAUGAUUACUAUCGACGGCAAACAAAUAAAACUGCAGAUUUGGGAUACGGCUGGUCAAGAGUCUUUCCGUUCCAUCACACGUUCAUAUUACCGUGGAGCUGCAGGCGCUUUGUUAGUUUAUGACAUCACAAGGAGAGAUACAUUCAAUCAUCUGACAACAUGGCUUGAAGACGCUCGGCAACAUUCUAGUUCUAACAUGGUCAUCAUGCUGAUUGGAAACAAGAGUGAUCUUGAAGCUCGUCGCGAUGUAAAGAAAGAAGAGGGUGAAGCUUUUGCUCGGGAGCAUGGCCUCAUUUUCAUGGAAACCUCUGCAAAGACUGCAGCAAAUGUAGAAGAGGCUUUCAUUAAUACAGCCAAGGAAAUCUACCAAAAAAUCCAAGAGGGUGUUUUUGAUAUUAACAAUGAGGCUAAUGGAAUCAAGAUUGGCCCUCAACAUUCACCAUCUAACCCUUCAGUACCUCUGGGAGGUGGCCGAGCUCAAGAUAGUGGAGGCUGUUGUUAAAUCUUGAACACAGCAGGCUCUGAAUACACUGUUCAGUUUAUUUUCACCAUGGAUCUUAAAACAUCAACCUUUGAAUUGAAUCUCUUGACACAAUUUCAAAGAGACAAGGAAGCUUGAUUGAUAGUGCAACUGUAAUGAAAGUUUAAUAGAAUGGAAUGGUUUAAAACUGUUAAAUUUUCUGUAAGGAAGGGGUGGAGUGUUGGAAUGCUUUGUGAAGUCUGCCAGUAGAGCCUGCAAUAAUGCCAUAAAUUUCAUUGCUAACUUCUUGGUUAUUUCUGUUGUUAACACCAAUUGCGUCUUAGAGGGAAGUUCUUCCUACACGUGAGGUUUUGGUUUCAUCACAUUCACUCCACACUUAGAUCAAAACGUUUAGUCAUUUUUAGGUAGAUAAUCACCCAGGGGAAGUAAAGCGAUCAACAAGCAAAGUCUCUCAACUGAUACUAUGGCAUUUUUAAGGAAAUUAGUUAGGAGAAUUUGUUUGUUGACAUUGCUACCAAAAUCCUUUUUUUACUGGUUUCAAACAUUCCAUUUUUUCCCGUCUAUAAGAGGUCAGACCUUAAACUCAUUACACUCUGUAUGACACAGUAUCAAGAAGCUAGAAAUGAAACAACUUAAGAGGCUCUGCUGGUAUAGAUGUGGUUGGUUGUCAGUAAUAUUAAUGAUGAGAGAUUUUUACAAAAUGCACUGUUAUUUUUUGAAAUUUAUUCCUUAUUCCAUGUAAGUUCGUUUCAAGCAGAUUCACCCUGAACAGCAGUUUGCUUGAAGUAGUUUGUUUUCUACAAGACUGUUUUAGUCAGGUCUGGCAAUGUGCCUUCUUUUUGAACUGACAAAUACUUAUUCAGUGUAUUAUACUGCUGUUCAGUUGUCUAAAAAUACCACAACUAAAGUGACUUGAGAGUUGAGUCUGUAAAGUUAAAUCAAUGACUCCUGCAAGGGUGACAAAAUAUUUUAUCUGAAUUAAUUCAAGGUUUAUGCAAUCAAAAUACAAUGUGGUGCAUGUUUUUUCCUUGCCAUCGCAUUUAAGUUUACAGUACCUCCUGUUAAUGAGCAUGUAGUUCAAGUGUCCAUAGAAAAUAUUAAUGUGUGGCUGUAUCCUGUCCAAUAAAGAGUACCUAUAACCAAGUUAAA